AUGGGUGUUACCGGCCUCUGGACGGUCGUGCAGCCCUGCGCUCGCCCCAUCAAGCUCGAAACACUUAACAAACGGCGUCUCGCUGUUGACGCGUCGAUCUGGAUCUACCAGUUCCUGAAAGCGGUACGAGACAAAGAGGGCAAUGCACUCCGAAAUUCUCACGUUGUUGGCUUCUUCCGCCGGAUAUGCAAGCUGCUCUAUUUCGGCAUCAAGCCUGUAUUCGUCUUCGAUGGCGGGGCUCCAGUUAUGAAAAGGCAGACAAUUGCCGGAAGAAAGAAGAGACGAGAAGGUCACAGAGAAGAUGCAGCGAGAACCGCUGGCAAGCUAUUAGCUGUACAGAUGCAACGCAGCGCGGAAGAGGAGGAAGCUCGUCGACGCAGUGCAAACUCAAGGGUGGAAGAGGAAGAAGUUCCUGAUGUUCCAGUUUAUGCCGAUGAGGCACUCAUGACAGAAAAUGAAAGGCAGCAAAACCGCAAGUUCAAAAAGAAGGAUGCCUACCAUCUACCAAAUCUGGAUGUCUCCCUUCAAGACAUGGGAGCACCCAAUGACCCUCGUAUCAUGUCCCAGGAAGAAUUGGAGGAGUAUGCUCGUCAGUUCCACCAGGGUCAGGACAUCAACCUGUACGACUUUUCCAAGAUCGAUUUCGACAGCCCGUUUUUUCUCAGUCUCCCCGCCACUGAUCGAUACAAUAUCCUAAACGCGGCAAGACUGCGAAGCAGACUUCGAAUGGGUUACUCCAAAGAGCAACUGGACACGAUGUUCCCAGACCGUAUGGCAUUCUCGAGGUUUCAAAUUGAUCGAGUCGCUGAACGAAAUGAUCUUACACAACGACUAAUGAACAUCAAUGGCAUGAAUGGCGAAGAGGCAUUCUUUAAUUCUGGACAGCGCAUCGCGGGAGAACGCGGCAGAGAAUAUGUGCUGGUCAAGGACCGUGAGCAUGAGGGAGGGUGGGUCCUAGGCGUGGUUGGAAAUAAGGAAGGCCACGAAGAGAGGCCCAUCGACUUAGAUCGGCCUGAAGUUGUGUCAGACGACGAGGCUUCAGACGAGGAUGUUUUCGAGGAUGUUCCUAUCGAAGGGUUGAACCGACUUCCCAAACUUCCCUUUCUUCGAGAGGGUAUCUUUGACCAAUCGCUUCAAUUGCACGAAGACGAAAACAGCGAUAUGAGAAAAGCCAUGCAAGAAUCCCGUCAAGCUGCUCAACAUCGUGGAGAGGCUGAAGAUGACUCUCUUUUCGUUGAGGCCGAGGGCAACAUUGGCGCAGAGCAGCAGAACAACGACACCGAUGAAUAUUUCGAUGGUGAUGACGACGACCUCGAACGUGCCAUUGCCCUCUCCUUGCAACCAGAUCAAGUCGAUGAAGAAGUUCCCGAGAUCCCUAUGAACAGACCGGUUGAGCGAGCACCAUCUUAUGAACGGAUGCCAGAUCCUGAUUCCGAAAGCGAUGAUGGAAUGGACUUUGCUGCAGCUGUAGCGAGGACCAAAGUUUCUAAGAAGCCCUCGCAAGGCCCCAACCCAUUCAGUGGCCCCCUUCCCUUUGAGUCCAUCAAGCUUUCCAAAGCAACGGAAGACAAAGCCGGCGAGAUAGACGAAAAUGCAGGUGGAUUUUUGAAAGAGCCUACUUCGAAGAAACCCCAGCAGGACCCACUUCCCCCAUGGUUCGUUGGUGAACGUUCUGAUGCAGAGUUUAUCACGGAUCCAGUUCAGCUUCCUGAUGAAGAUGACCUGUCGAAAGCGCCAGACCAUCAGUUCUUAUUCAAUCGCCGCUCGCCGGAUGUGAUUGAUGUUGACGAGCUAUCUGACACAAAGGAAAUCGUGGAUCUGGAAACCGAAGGAGCAAAAGAGGAAACCGAUGAAAAGAAAUCUGGGGCAGAAGACAGCCCGAAACAGUCUCCAAGAGUUGAGGACAUAGAAAAGGUUUACAGCGAGAUUACUAGCAAUUCCCACGAAGAGCCUCCAAGCGAACCGACCCAGAAUACUUCGAUUAUACCCGAAAAACUGUCCGAGUCACCGGCAAAGCCAGACGAAGAACCUGUCUCUAUUCCCAAAUCGCAAACUCCGCGCAGUGAGAAAUCAGCCUCACCUGAGUUCGAGGAUGUGGUUCCUGAACCACCCGUCCAAGGGCCAGAGAUUACUGUUGUUUCCCACCAAGCGAAGGCCCAGCCCACAGCCCCGGUCUUCGAAGAGGUGGAGCAGCCCGAAGCUUUCGUGCAGGACCAAGCCGACUACAGCGAUCCGGAAGAUGAGGAUCUGUUUAAGCAACUCGCAGCUGAAGGCGAAGAGCAUGCGCGAUUUGCCAAUACUCUCAAUUCUGCAGUUUCUGGGCAGGAAGUCUUUGAUUAUGAGCAAGAGCUUAAGCAACUUCGAAAUCAGCAGCGAAACGAGCGCCGCGAUGCGGACGAGGUCACGACCAUUAUGAUCAAUGAGUGCCAGCAGUUGUUGACUCUCUUUGGGCUGCCGUACAUCACUGCCCCCAUGGAGGCUGAAGCCCAAUGCGCCACGUUGGUCUCGCUGGGCCUCGUGGACGGGAUCGUCACCGACGAUAGUGAUAUUUUCCUCUUUGGGGGAACUCGAGUCUACAAGAAUAUGUUCAACCAAAGCAAAUUCGUCGAGUGCUACUUGACAUCCGACCUCGAAAAGGAAUACGCCCUUCAUCGAGAAAAACUGAUCAGCUUUGCCCAUCUCCUGGGCAGCGAUUACACUGAAGGUAUUCCAGGCAUUGGACCCGUCACAGCCCUCGAGAUUGUCACGGAGUUUUCCAACCUGGAAGAAUUCCGCGAUUGGUGGACGAAGGUGCAAAUGGGCGCUAACGAUCCAGAAGAUGUCCACCUGGCAUUUCGAAAAAAGUUCCGCAAGAAGGCCUCCAAGAUUUUCUUGCCCCCCUCCUUCCCCGACACGCGCGUUGACGACGCCUACCUGGAACCCGAAGUGGACCAAGACCCUUCUCAAUUCCAGUGGGGUGUUCCUGAUCUCAAUGGGCUUCGCAACUUCCUGAUGGCGACCAUCGGCUGGAGUCAGGAGCGCACGGACGAGGUCCUUGUUCCGGUCAUUCGGGAUAUGAACCGACGAGGCCAGGAGGGUACGCAGUCCAACAUCACCCAGUUCAUGCAGGGUCCCCAAGGGGCGGGCGCGUUUGCGCCUCGCACUCGUGGCGGUGGUCCCAGUCGCAUGGAGCAGGCAUUCAAUCGGCUGCGGCAAGGAGCUCAGGCUGGCGAAAGCUUAGCGGAGGAUGCGGAAGAUGCGGGCGAUGCUGAGCCUGAGGCUGAGACUGCGGCCCCUGCGCCUGGGCGGAAGGCCAAACGGACUGCGUCCCAGGGCAAGACCAGCACGAGCAAGAAACGAAAGACACGCGCAGACCAUGAGUGA